AUUCCUCCUCUCUACGUGGUUGCUUCUCCCUCUAGUUUACUCUCUAAAUACCUUAAUCUAACAUCAACCUACACACACACAAAAAGAAAAAAACCCUACUUUUUCAUCUCUUUUUGCCCCAUAAUUCAAUUACUUCUCGUUUGCAGUUAGGAGCUAGCUUGACCCAUCAAGUCUCUCGUUCUAUUUUGGCUGUUUUACUUCUACUGGGUUUAGGAGGCAGGGUAAUAUCUAAUCUGUCCCCAGUGACCAUUGGAAAUGGGAGGCGUAUCUGGAAAGUUUGAAUCACCCGAAACAAAACUAGAAGCUAAGAUGGUUGAAGCUAUGCAGCGCAGGGCUUCUAAAGGAACUGCAAUCAAAUCCUUUAACAGCAUCAUCUUAAAAUUCCCUAAAAUUGAUGUCAGCUUAAGGAACUGCAGAGCUAUUUUUGAGCAGUUCGAUGAGGACUCGAAUGGUGCAAUAGACCCCGAAGAGCUGAAAAACUGUUUGCACAAGCUUGGAGUUUGUUUCACAGAGGAGGAGAUAAAUGAUCUGUUCAAGGCAUGCGAUAUCAAUCAGGAUAUGGGGAUCAAAUUCAACGAGUUCAUCGUUCUUCUUUGCCUAGUAUAUCUUCUCAAGGACAAUGCUACCGCAACAGAAGCCAAAUCAAAAAUGGGAGUGCCAAAUUUGGAGGCGACAUUCGAAACAUUGGUGGAUGCAUUUGUGUUGUUGGACAAGAACAAGGAUGGCUAUGUUAGCAAGAAUGAGAUGGUUCAAGCUAUCAGUGAAUCUGGGGAGCAUUCCAGUGGACCAAUAGCCACCAAAAGAUUUGAAGAGAUGGACUGGGAUAAAAAUGGAGCGGUGAGUUUCAAGGAAUUUCUCUUUGCAUUCACAACUUGGGUUGGAAUUGAAGACGACGGAGACGAUGAAUAAUAGACACAAUAAGAAGAA